AUGUCCUCUGCUCAUGAUGCCACCACCAAGAUAUUUAUUGACAAGUUCGACGGCGACAACUACGCGACAUGGAGCCGCUACAUGCGUGGCGUGUUUCUGACCAAGUCGACGUGGCACGUGGUGAACCGGGAGACCACCCCCACCUUCACCGAUCCUCGCGCCAGUGACGACUACGUCAAGACGAACAACAUUGCGUUCGGCUUGAUGCUGCUGCACAUGAGCGCGGACUACCAUCACAUCGUCGAUGACUGUGAAGAGGCGUGGGUCGCGUGGGCGCGUUUGAAGACGCUAUACGGCGGGUCGCAGAAGGCUGGACGCAUCUACUUGAAGCGCCAGCUGUUCAGCAUGGAGAUGGCGGAAGGCGGCAAUGUGAUGCAUCAUUGCAACGAAGUCCUCAACAUCAGCGCGAAGCUCAGCAGCAUCGGCGCCAAGAUGGACGACGAGGGCAUGGCGAUCUGCUUGUUGCGCAGCCUCCCCAAGAGCUACGAGAACGUCGUUCUCAACUUGGAGAUGAGCAGCGCGGAACUGCGAUCGCGAGACGUCGUGAGAGUGUUCACGAAUGAGCACAUCAAGAGGCAAGGUGACAAGACGACAUCGGUGAAGACUGAAGACGCGGCGAAGGCGUUCAGUGCCGAGCGUGAACCUCGCCAGUGUACAUACUGCGGAAAAUUGGGCACACGGCGGAGCGGUGCUGGACCAAGCAGAAGGACGAAAACCAAGGUGGAGCUCGACGCGGCGGCAAUAAUGCUCGUGGACGCGGAGCCAACAACGUUCAGUGGCGAACCAACAGCAACUACGAUGACAACUACGAUCGAGUUGCGUUAG